UCUCAUUCCACCUCAUCACAGCCUCAGAAGUACUAUGCAUUCACUUCUGCUGCUCAGUCUAUUCGCGUUGGCUGAUGCCAAGGGCUGGUUGUCUCCAGUCUAUCAAAACUUCUUUGAGUUUCCUCUGCCAGUCCCUCCUACCGCCAAGCCCGUAAAGUCGUACGACAACAUCGAUUACUACGAGAUAGAUAUCAAGCCAGUCGAUAUCGAGAUCUAUCCUGGCAAGAAAGCACGCCAUGUUGGAUAUGACGGAAUUGUGCCCGGUCCUACCUUCAGGAUGCAGCAAGGUCGUGAAGCUGUUGUUCGAUUCAUCAACCAUGCCGACCGUGCCAACUCAGUCCACCUUCACGGAUCAUACAGUCGCGCUCCUUUUGACGGCUGGGCUGAGGACACUACAGAGCCUGGACAGUACAAGGAUUACUACUAUCCCAAUGCACAAGCUGCGAGGACUUUGUGGUACCACGACCACGCUGUUGGUCAUACUGCUGAGAAUGCCUACUACGGACAAGCAGGCUUCUACAUUCUCGAGGACGCUCAGAAGAACGCUCUCAACCUCCCCUCGGGCAACUAUGACAUCCCUCUUGCACUUGCCGCCAAGCGAUACAACGCUGAUGGCACACUCUGGGAUCCCGAAGCCAACGGUGAAACUACAAGUGUCUUUGGUGAUGUGAUUCAAGUCAAUGGUCAGCCAUGGCCAUACCUUGCGGUUGAACCUCGCAAGUACCUCUUCCGUUUCCUCGACACCUCUAUCAGUCGUUCCUUCCAGCUCUACGCUGAAGCAGACAAGAAGGUUGGCACCAGGAUCCCCUUCACCGUCAUCGGUUCAGAUGCGGGUCUUCUCGCCAGCCCUGUUGACACAACUCAAUUGGACAUCUCUAUGGCUGAGAGAUGGGAAGUUGUCUUCGACUUCUCUGCCUAUGCUGGUCAGAAUGUCACACUCAAGAACACCGGUAAGGUCGGUGCAGAUGACGACUUUGAUGGCACAGACAGAGUCAUGCGCUUCAUGGUCGGCAACUCUGUAUCCGAUACUAAGGGCAACGGAGCUCUACCUUCAACUCUUCGCACAGUACCCAUGCCACCACCAAAGACAGGCAUUGAUCGCUCUUACGAGUUCAUGCGUAGCAACGGAGAAUGGCAAGUCAACGGUGUGACAUGGGCGGACGUCGAAGACAGAGUUAUCGCCAAACCUCAACGCGGUGCAGUCGAGCUCUGGGAGUUGAAAAAUGGUGCAGGAGGCUGGACUCACCCAAUACACAUCCAUCUUAUCGACUUCCAAAUCAUCAGCCGCACAGAUGGUGACCGUGGCGUCCUUCCCUACGAGAAGACCGCUCUCAAAGACGUAGUCUGGCUCAACAAGAACGAACGCGUCCAAGUCCUCGCCCGCUACGGCCCCUGGGAUGGUCUCUACAUGUUCCACUGCCACAACCUGAUCCAUGAAGACCACGAUAUGAUGGCCGCCCUCAAUGUAACUCACCUCACCGACCUCGGGUACGAUGAGAAAACCUCCUUCAUUGACCCCAUGGACACGAAAUACCGUGCAAAGUCCUUCAAACCCGAAGAUCUCACAAACCGCGAUGGCGAUUUCGAGAAUAGCAAGAUUGAGGAAAAGUGCAAGAUGUUCCAGGACUUGGAUGCUUACAAGAAAGCCAAUGAGGUCGAGGAGAAAUUGGUCGAGUAUUGGAAGACCAAGAGUACGCUUGUGACCAAGGUCAGCAGCAGUGGUGGUGGUGGUGGAAGUUCCUCUUCUUCUUCUGGUUCGGGUGCUGUUUCCGCAUCUGCUUCUGCGACUGUGGUGUCGAGUUCUGCUUCUGUUUCCUCGGGAUCUAGUGUCACUCCUAGCAGCACUCUUGUCACCUCGGCGAACAAAGCUAGCUCUACCAGCACGACAAAGACGACAAGCAGUUCCACCAAGAGCGAUGACAAGGGUGGCAAGAGUAAGACAUCGUCGUCGUCGACAAAGAAGUAGAUGCUCAUACUUGUCCUGGAUUAUAGGCGUUUUUGG